AUGUAUCCCAACCCAGAAAAGAAGAGGAAUCGCGGGUACUUGGGACAUGAUAGCUCUGCGCUUUCGCCACGAGAUCGUCAGGACCGUCAGCAGCUCCGAUAUGAGCUCGACCUCAACUCAUGGAAUCUGAGAAUUUGGGGCGUGGCCGCCUCGGGGUUUCUUACUGACUCAUAUAACCUCUUUGCAACCAACGUCAUCCUCUCCACUGUCUCAUUUGUCUACUUUCCACAUCACUCGUGGUGCGGCCUAGUCAUCAACCUCGUGACGCUAGUUGGGUCCGUCGUUGGCCAGCUGCUGUUUGGGUACCUCGCCGAUAGGUACGGCCGGACCCGCCUCUACGGCAUCGAGCUAGUUCUAGUCAUUGUGUCCACCAUUGGUGUGGCCACAACCAGCAACGGCUAUGGCGAUAUCUCGUUUUUGGCGUUGUUUACCUGGUGGCGGUUUGUAAUGGGUGUUGGAAUCGGUGCCGAGUACCCCCUAUCCGCCGUCAUUACGUCCGAAUGGGCCAGCACCUCUUCCCGCGCGACCAUGCUGUCGUCCGUCUUCCUAAUGCAGCCCGUGGGCCAAGCCCUGGCCCAGAUUGUCGGCGUCUGGGUGCUCCUCGGCGAAGACACCGCCCACGGCCUGCAGGAGAAGCAGUGCGGCCUGAAUUCGCUACACGAGGAGGAGUGCAAGAAGAUCAUCGACGGUACCUGGCGCAUCGUUAUUGGCUCGGGCGCAGUGCCCGCCCUGCUCGCCAUCAUUUUCCGUUUCUUUCUCUACGACUGUGGCCUCUACACCCUCGAGGUCAAGAACAAGCCCGGUAACGCCUUUCGCGACACCCAACGCGUGUACGGCGCACCCCCGACGUCGACCGCCAACGGCAUCGCCAUGUCACCCACCGGCGGGGCAUCCAACGGUUACCCCGACGAAACCGAAACCAUGCCGCGGCAGUUCUCGAUGGAGGACCUACACACCUAUUUCAUCAAGGACAAGAACUGGUACUACCUUUUCGGCACGGCCAUGACCUGGUUCUUUCUCGACGUCUCCUUCUACGGCUUCAGCCUCGACAACCGUGGCACGCUAGCUGACCUGUGGGCCACGACCGAGCGCAUGCCCCUCGACGCCGAGCACCUCUGGUGCUGGAACUCGACUCUGCCGGGUGGCACCUCUCUAGUGCCCAAUUGGGCGGCGGACGGUAUCCCGACCUGGCAAACCGACCGCACGCAGCUGUGCAACUCGAUUUACGAAACGGUCAUUGAACAGUCGAAGCAGUAUCUCUUGACCGUGUCAGUGGCAUCCAUCGCGGGGAGCGCCUGCUUUAUCCUGCUGGCGAACCGGAUCAAACGACGGGAAUGGCUGACUUCGUCGUUUUUGAUUCUGACCGCGUUGUUUCUGGUUACGGGCGGGGUGUAUUAUGGCGUGGCUCACACCUCGGCUGCGCCAGCGACUGUGGUGUGCGUGGCUAUCUGCCACUUUAUGUUCAACUUUGGCGCCAACACCCUCACCUUCAUCAUCCCCGCCGAGAUCUUCCCCACCUCCUACCGAUCCCUCUGCCACGGCAUCUCGGCCGCCGCCGGAAAACUUGGCAGCAUCGUCGCCAUCCUCGUGGUCUACGGCAUCAACUGGGGCUACAACUCCACCACCCGCCAGGGCCUCGUCUUCCUCCUAUUCGCCACCUUCAUGGCCCUCGGCGCCCUCUACUCCUGGGCCUACCUCCCCGACGUCCAACGAGUCGUCUACACCGGCGGCGCCGGCAACGAAGCCGCCAGCGGGUUCACCGGCCGCAGCUCCUCCGCAGGCCGCGGAAACGGGAAAUACCUCGAAACCCGCAACCUCGAAGAACUCGGCGAAGGGUACGUGCGCGCCUGUCAGGAAGGGCAGGUCAUCGGCCUGCGCGCCAAGUGGGAGGACCUGCGCGGGCGGGUACGCGAUCGCCGGAAUGAGUUGACCAGGCGCAUGGGCGGGCGAAAGGGCAGAAGGGACGGGAGCGAUCCGCGGUUGGAUGAGAUGGGGCAUAGGGCUAUUGCGCUAUUCAGCAGCGUCAGUUAA